AGCUUAAGAUGCAGGAUAAGAGCACCUACCUGCUGGCUGCAGACAGCGAGGCAGAGAUGGAGGAAUGGAUCAACACGCUCAAUAAGAUCUUGCACAGUAGCUUUGAAAUCGCCAUGCAGGAGAAGAGAAAUGGAGACAUUCAUGAUGAUGAUGAUCUUGGAAAGUCAGACAGCUCCUCUGGCAGUAUGGACAGCUUUCAGAGCACAAGAGAUAUAGAGUCUAGGAUGAAGAAUGAAACCAGGCUGAAGCUGUUCACGCUGGAUCCGGACACACAGAAACUCGAUUUCUCAGGAAUAGAGCCAGACGUGAAGCAGUUUGAGGAGAAGUUUGGCAAGCGUGUGCUGGUGAACUGCAACGACCUCUCGUUUAAUUUGCAAAGCUGCGUGGCCGAGAACGAGGAAGG